AGGGUGCUGAGCCUGGGCUGAGCACACCAUGGGGGCGAACACCUCCAGCAGGUCACCACCCUUUGAUGGGAAUGAGGAUGUUACCUUCGACCAUUUUGAGAUUUUGCGAGCUAUUGGGAAGGGCAGCUUUGGAAAAGUCUGCGUGGUGCAAAAGACUGACACCAAGAAAAUGUACGCCAUGAAAUACGUGAACAAACAGAAGUGUGUGGAGCGUAAUGAAGUGAGAAAUGUUUUCAAGGAGCUACAGAUUAUGCAGGGCCUGGAACACCCUUUCUUGGUUAAUUUAUGGUACUCAUUCCAGGAUGAAGAGGAUAUGUUCAUGGUGGUUGACCUGCUGCUUGGAGGGGACCUGCGCUACCAUCUCCAACAAAAUGUGCGGUUCCAAGAGGGAACUGUGAAACUCUUCAUCUGUGAGCUGGUGCUGGCCCUUGACUACUUGCAGAGCAGGCACAUCAUCCACAGAGAUAUCAAGCCCGACAACAUUUUACUGGAUGAGCACGGACACGUGCACAUCACUGAUUUCAAUAUUGCCACGAUGCUGACGAAGGACAGCCCUGUCACCACCAUCGCUGGCACGAAGCCCUACAUGGCACCUGAAAUGUUUAGCUCCACAAAACCCACCAGCUACUCCUUUGCCGUGGACUGGUGGUCGCUGGGAGUCACUGCCUACGAGCUGCUCAGAACUCGGAGGCCGUAUCACAUUCGGUCCAGCACUUCCACAGCUGAAAUCGCUCACAUCUUGAAGACAGCUACAGUGAGGUACCCGGCCGCGUGGGGCCCGGACACGGUGGCGCUGAUCAGGAAGUUGCUCGAGCUGAACCCCGAGAAACGUUUUUCUCAGCUGAAGGACAUCCAGUCCUUCCCGUAUCUGUCUGAUGUGAACUGGGAUGCUGUUCUCCAGAAAAGAAUAAUGCCAGAAUUCAUUCCCCUGAAAGGCAGACUGAACUGUGACCCAACCUUUGAACUGGAAGAAAUGAUCCUGGAAUCCAAACCUCUUCACAAAAAAAAAAAGCGCUUGGCUAAGAAGGAGAAAGACACAAGCAAAAGCAACUUAUCCCAGGCCAGCCACCUCCAGAAGCACCUGGAAAUGCUCCAAAGGGACUUCAUUGUUUUCAACAGAGAAAAGGUAAGACCCCACCAUGACAGCAUCCAAGAGACCAUGGCAAAAAGUGGAGGCCCACACAGGGAGGACAAGCAGAACAACCUCUGAGAACAGCUCAGCCCCUGCAGGGGACCUCCUCAUGGCACUGGGGCUCACCCACCUAUGCACCUUCACAGUGUCAGGCCAUGGACUUGUCCUCUGCUGCUGGGACCCUGCCAGUAGCCCAGGGCACAAGGAGAGCUGCAGCACCCACUCCCUCAGCUUUCCCCCCCACAGCCGGAGGGUCCUGAGCAUGGGGGCAGAGGCUGUGGGGGCUGCCUUGCAAUUGGCCACCAUUGGUUAGACUCAGAUCCUAUUAUGUUGCCUUUCCUGGGGGCAGGAAUGAGACCACAAGACAAUGGAUCAAACAGUAUUCACCAUUUUGGCUUGGCUGGCAGGUGCCACAACCCUUGGUGUCACCAUGCAGGCAACUGCUGCAGUGUGCCCAGGCUGAGCUGCUGUGCUGAGAGGUGCCCACGGCUGUGCUGCGCCUCAGGGCUCUGCAGAGGUUGGCAUUCCUGCAUGGAUAGGCUCAUGGCUGGCUGCCCCAGGGGGAAGAGGUGCCUCCCAGAUGCAUGGUCUUCACCAAUGCAUUGUGACAAAAGUGGCCUUUGCUUACAGACAGCUCCUGCAAACAUCCUGUGAGGGUAGGCACAGGAGGCUGGAGUUUAUUGUAAAAUGCAGGUGAAUCCAAUGGGAAGAAAUG